UUCUUUUGAAUAAAUUUAAAGCUAAAUUAAUGCUUGAAUACUUGAUUUUUAUUUUAUUAUUUGCUGCCUUCACUAAUGCUGCUCAUGUAGUGUACAUAAAUGAUGGAUAUAACGUUGAUAGUGAAGAAGUACCACUUUUUCCUAACAAAUAUCUCUACAAUAAAGCUUAUUACCACAAUAAACCAGGAAGCUAUUUAAAAUACCCAAAACCAUAUGCUUACAAAAAAGAAAACAGUUAUGACACAGAUCCCUACAAAGCUAAUGGCGGGACUGCGUAUAAUGCCAAUUAUAAGAAGCCGACAAGCUACAAUUAUGAAAAGAAAGAUGAAUAUAAAAAACCUGAGGAUAACUAUGAGAAGCCGACCUAUGAGAAAAAAGAUAACUACGAAAAGACUAAUGAAGGAUAUAAUAAAGAAGGAUAUGGAGAAAAUAAAGGAUAUGAAUACAAGGAAGGAUAUGAGAAGGGAUAUGGGGAUAAUGGGGGAUAUUCAGGAAAUGAAGGAUAUGAGAAAGGAUAUGGAGAUAAUGGAGGAUAUAAUAAAGAAGGCUAUGGAGAUAACAAAGGCUAUAAGGAAGGAUAUGGAAAUGAGGGGUAUGAUAAAGGUUAUGGAUAUAAUGAAGGAUAUAAUGAAGAAAAAGGCUAUGGAGGUUAUGACGAAGGAUAUGGCGGGAAGAGUUAUGAAGAUAACAAAGGCUAUAAUAAGAAGAAAUAUCGAGGUCAUAAAGUACGAUAUGGAGGUUAUGGGGGAUAUAAUGGACACAACAAAUAUGGAUCUUCUUCAUCAGAAAGUGAUGAGUACAUCUACCUUCGCAACUAUAAAUUUCCUCAUUAUUACGGAAGUUAUAUGAAUUAUAUGCCAGGCAUGUAUUAUAAUAGGCCAAUUUACUACUAUACUACUACUUCUACAACAACCACUACUACAACAACACCGACAACGACAACCGAGGAAACAACUACCACACCAGAGGGUACAACCACACAAGAAGAAACAACCCCAACACCUGAAGAUACAACCACACAGGAGGAAACAACCCCAACACCAGAGGACACAACCCCAACACCUGAAGAUACAACUACACCAGAGGAAACAACUCCUACACCUGAAGAUACAACCCACACGCCUGAGGACACAACCCCAACGCCUGAAGAUACAACCACGUCAGAGGAAACAACUCCUACCCCAGAGGAUACAACACCCACGUCUGAAGAUACAACCCCCACAGCAGAGGAUACAACUCCCACACCUGAGGACACAUCCCCGCCGUCCGAAGAAACAACUCUCCCAUCAGAGGACACAACUCUCCCACAAGAGGAUACAACACCACCCGCUGAAGAUACAACUCCUCCACCAGAGGACACAACUCUCCCACAAGAGGAUACAACCCCGCCCGCUGAGGACACAACUCCGCCGCCUGAAGAUACAACUCCUCCACCAGAGGAUACAACUCCGCCGUCUGAGGACACAACUCAGCCGCCUGAGGACACAACUCCUCCACCAGAGGAUACAACUCCGCCGCCUGAAGAUACAACUCCUCCACCAGAGGAUACAACUCCGCCGUCUGAAGACACAACAGAAUCAACGAGUGAUGUUACACCAGUUUCUGAUGAAACUCGUACUGAUAUUACAACUCCAACUGGAACAGAAGGUACUCCGCCAACACCAAAGCCUCCAUGUCCUCCAGAUUACGAAUUCUUUAAGGAGGGAAAUUGUUGCAUUCUAAUUUCCUCGCCAGAGAAAAAACCAUUAACUUGGAAAGAAGCUAGUGAGGAAGCGAAGAAGAAUGGGGCUCGAAUGGCUUCCAUACAUUUUAAAAAGGAGGAUGAUUUUAUAAGAAAUCUCGUGGAAAAACAACCAAAGGGAUCGGGUAAAGACAACCCUGUUUACUUUACCGGAUUACAAGUAAAUGCCACAAAUGGAAAGAUUGAUAAUUUCGCGUGGUCUGACAAUACUCGGCCGAAUACUGAUCCUUGGGGACCAAAAACUACAUUUAAUGGAAAUAAUGGAUUUGGUGGAAUUUCUAAGGAUCCGAGCGGAAAGGCAUCUUGGGGUCUGUAUGAUCCGAAUCAAAAGGGAGGUUAUGUGUGGAAGAUUGACUUAUCCAAAAAAGAUGGUGGAACCAAAGGCCCGGAACCAGGCAAUCCAACAGGAGGAGUUGGCCCAGGAGGGAAUAAUGGAUUGCCAGCCGGUUUCAAAUGCACUACAGGCUGUAAUCCAUCUUCUAUAAAAUUGAAAGCAGAAAAAGGGCAACCAAGUCCGGUUGAUGAAGGACCUGUAGAAAAAAAUGGGUGCCAAACUGAUGUGUUGAGUUGCACAACAAAUCAACCAAUUGCCACUAUAACGUUUGGAACACAAGGAAGUCUUAAAUCCAAUCAACGUGAUAAAAGAAAUGUGAGAGCUCAAGUAUUUUGUGUUGAGGAAGAGAAAACCAAGAAGAAAGGAUGGAUUAGAAAUGGGGUAGAUAAUAAUCCAAAAUUAUUCUUUGUUGAAGAGGUAAAGAUGAGAGAAAAAUAUUUAAAUAAUUUCUAA